AUGAAAUUGUUCCGAACAUUUUUGAUUUUAUUUUGGGCCCGAUUAUCCAAAGCUGAUAAUGGAGAAGUAUCAUCAUUCCAAUUGCUUGCAAGACUAUCAUUUCCAACAGUGGAGACAAAACCCUACAACAUGCCAAGCGCAAAAGAAAUAGAUCCGAGGCACAGCUACGCAGAGGAGAAAUUCGACAAUCUUCUGAAGUACACGACUUAUAUGAACGCACGGAUUAAAGAGCCGCAUAAUCCAACAGAGCGACGUGAAAUAUUGGAAUCGGCUGAAAAGAAGCUUUUUACCUUCGUCGACAGUCACAUUAAGGACCUGAAGAGGCUGCUCUUCGCCACUGACAUGGCGCUCAUGUCUAUGGUACUGCUGAAAUUGAACAAGAAGAUGGACACGUCGGAGGCGAAAAUUAAAUCAACCCAGGCCAAGAUACCAUUUGGAUUGUACACGAGUCCAGAGUUCAAAUGUCUGGGAACAUCGUACUACGUGGCGUCCGCACACAACCAAGAAGACGUCCAAAUGAUUUUGUCGAGUGAAAGAAAACCCCACUGCUAUACUUUUAGAGGCGCAUUUGCGUUCUCCGGCUUCUACCAUAGACACUCAGAGACGACGUAUGUUGGGCCUCAUGCGGAACAAUUUCAGGCAAAGGACCCGAGCCAAGGUCUCUACUGCCACUCUGAUGAUAGCUGGAGUGACGCGCAGUGCAUUUAUAAAAUAAAUCCGCGCGAAGAAUUCCCUGAAUCCGUCGAGUAUGAACCGAAGGUGUCCUACUGGUGUGGUCCGUACCGGUACUUCAUCCCAGCCACGACUGACAUACGCUGUAUUUUCUCUAUAUUCUCUAUGAAUUUCAUUCUGAGAUUUGGGUAUGAUGGCGUGACGUAUAAAAGCUCGGAUCUGUCAUUUAUGUACCAAAACGGACAAGUAUUUUACACGGACGAGCCGUGGGCUGGAAUGUCCUGUUGGAACUGGGCCUGUAAAUGGAGACACAACCAGAACCAGCGAUCCAACGAGUUCUUUGUUAAUUAA